GACCAGCUGUUUGCUAGAAUUGAAAAUACACAAAUAUUAAUUAUUUCAUUUUACGAUUAUUUAAGAAAAAAUGGAAGCUGCACACUACACCCCUCCAGUAGAUGAGCUUCUGCCAGAGCGAGAGAUAUCGUGCACAUAUUCGGGUUGUGGAUCGAUUUUUAAAAAUGUUGGUAAUCUAGAUAUGCACAUGAAACGACAUCAUGGCGUGGAACCAUUGAAAAAGUUUAACUUCGACGGAGCUCACUACUUCUUCCAUUGUCCAAAAGUGCAGUGCGCCUAUCACGAAAAACAUGUAGCUAAAAUGUAUUUCAAAUCAUUAAAAUACCUACGCCAACAUUUUAAAAAAGUGCACAUGGCCAAAACAAUUGUGUGUGAUCGCUGCGGCAAAGCUUUUAUCAGCGCAGGUCAAUUGAAGGUACAUACUGAAAAACUGUGCGGCGUUUUAUUUACUUGCAAUGAGUGCGGAUGGAAUUACAAUAGUAAGGAAGCGUUGUUAACGCACGGCAAACGAAAAGGGCAUAAUGUAAGAGAUUAUCAAUUAAUAAAAAUAAAACAUCCAAAAAUUGAAGCAGAAAAUAAAAGCAAUGAUCGUGAAACACAAACAGAAGAACUCGUAAUAAAACCUGUUGAAAAGAUCGUCAGUACAUCAACUAAUGUAAAAGAAAGCAAUAUGUCACCUGUACGAGAUGUAUCAACGAACACGCAUUCGAAAACAGAAAUUCCAUUACCUCGUCACAUAGAAACCCAAACAGACAGCCUAUUGAUUGACUCAUCACAUCAUACUACAUUAAAUAGUCUAAAUGUCCCAAUAGACAACACACUGAACAGUGGACCAUUGCUACCACCUUCUAAUCACACAUACACACAAACAUAUGAUGACCUCUUCACCGACUCUUUGCUUUGUUUUUCUGAUAUUCAAACGCAAACAAAUUGGUCCAGUUUUCCUGACGCUGUAACUGAUUCCCCAACCGUUGAAGAAAUUUCUAGGCAUCCAUAUAACGCACAUAAUAUAGGCACAUGUACACGUUGUGCCUCUGAUGAAUUGUUGGUAUCCACGGAAACACAAACUAGUUUCACCCAAUGCUUACUUGAAUCGCGCACAGCUAACGGCGAUACUGAGGUUGGCAACUUUAGUAAUCUUUAUCAAACACAGCAUACUCAAACCUGCGACAUGUUGCUAGGUGCACUAUUUGGUGCACAGGAAAGUGAUCUUAUUGGUGGUUUUCAGUCAACUUAUACGCAAACAUGAUGGUUUGACUUGGACUUACAUGCCUUUGGCGAAGGAGAUGAGGGAGGAAGCUAGUAGGAAAAAGAAUUCUGAAACUUUUGGAUCGUUUAGGACGUAAUAUUUAAAUUAAAAAAAUUUUUGUCUAAAACUUCACUUAAUUAUUUAAAA